GUGUGGAAGCAUCCCAGCAACAGUAAAGGAGCAAACAUACGACCACCCCAAGCAGCUAAAACACCCGGCAUACAGGCAGGCAGGAGAAGCAGAGGAAGCUGUGAAUGAUGAUGCAGUCAGGCAUGAAUCACAUGACUCAGCAGAGGAUGUUGCAGGCUAAGGCUCUGUCUAAGGAGGCCAGUAGAGGUCUGAACCUGGGGAAGAAGAUCAGCGUCCCGAAAGACGUGAUGAUGGAGGAGCUCAAUCUUCUCUCUAAUCGGGGGUCUCGCAUGUUUCAGGAGAGACAGAGGAGGGCUGAGAGAUUCACAGUGGAGAGUGCUGCCGACACCAGCAAUGUUUAUGCAGAGCCCAUUCCUACCCAGCAAAUCAUCCCUGAGCUGCAGGCAGGAAAAGAGAACCAGGCUUUCUCCAUCCCUGGAUAUUCUGGCCCUCUGAAGGAAAUUCCUCGUGAGAAGUUCAACACAACAGUAAUCCCCAAAUCCUACUGCUCCCCGUGGAGGGAAGCUUUGGGAAACGACGAGGAGCUCCUGAACACCCUCAACACCCAGCUGCCUCAGCCCCCACAAAGACGACAACCUGCCAACUACAGGUGCUUCAACAGAUCUCCAAUGCCAUUUGGGGGCGCUACGGCGAGCAAACGGGUGAUCCCAGUGAUUGGCUUUGAGGCGGUGGAAUCCCAGCAACUUCCUGGCAUCGCUCUGGAGCGCAUGUGCCGUCGCCCCAACUUCAACAGAGCGCCCAGGGGAUGGGGACUCGAUUACUGCCCCGAAUCUAAUGAACUAUAAAAACAAGCUGACAAGCUAAAGACUGAAACGCUGGCCUGUGCUCCCUCCCCUCCUCCUACGAAGAUGAAGCCUGUUAAUGAUAGCACAUUGCAGGGGAGGAGGAGGAAAAAAUAAAUACUCCUGCAUGAUAUACAAAGUGGUUUUCUACUGCUGAGUGGAUUGAUGAGCUGAGUCGAACUCUCGAGUUCAUUACACACUCAGUCAAGUUCAGGACAAUGCUGCCACAGGCUGAUCAGUCCUACCUAUUGUUCCUGUUUGUCACCUCGAGCAGUAUCUGAUCCCAUCAAUGUCUCAAUGCCUGCCUGCCCUCUCCUUUCCUUUCA